AAGAUGUUGAUUUAAUUGGUCUAUCAGUGUUGUUUAUAAACAAUUUUAAGACUUUUGUGUUUCUUUUGUGAGUUUGUUUUGUUUGUACAAGAAAACUAAGUAGACAGCGCAUGAAUUCGAUGGUUCGAGUAUCGGAAAUUUGUACUUGGUUCUGUUAUCGUAAAUUAUUAAAGCAAAGAAGUUCCCUAUAAAUUAGUACGAGAACAAAACAUUGGUAAAAGUUAAAGUUCAUCUAAAUAAGUGAAGCAGCUUAAAGUUACGAGCCAACAAGACGACCAAAGAAUUAUUCAUCACAGGUUUGAAACAUGAACUCUGAUCUGAUAGAUGAUCUGAUAGAUGUUAAGGUGAAAUGUGAAAAUCCAGCUGAUGAAGACGAUUACUUUGAAGAACCAUCAGUAAGCAGAACGAUUAUUUGUAGAGCAAAUGAAAUAAACAAAUUCGAAAUAACCAUCGGAGAUACCGAGCUUACCGAAUCGAAAGGAUGGGUGCUACAUUCGAUUGCUGAUAAAGACAUCAUCAAGACACAUGGAUGCCAGAAAUGUUCAAGGAAAUUCAAGACGAGUGUCAUACUGAUGCGACACAUGGUCGUGCACAGAGACUUUGAAUGCUUCGCAUGUUCAAAAACAUUUAAAAAGCUUGGAGCUCUAAAGCAUCACAUGCUCGUUCACGCCGAUAAGAGACCAUUUCAAUGCGAUGAUUGUCCGAAAAAGUUCGACUCAAUCGAUAAUCUUAAGAAACACAUGCUAGUGCACACGGUAUGGAAAAAGUUUGGUUGUAACGAAUGUUCGAAAAGGUUUAGGACGAAUUCCCACUUAACCGAACCAUGUUUGUUCAUGUCAACGAAAAAGUGAUAACCAUGUUUGUUCAUGUCAACGAAAAAGUGAUAGAGUGCGAUCAAUGUUUCAAGAAAUUCAAAUCACCUG